UUACUUUCUAGGUUUCGUGAGAAACAAACGAGAUUCAGGUUGAGUCAUUGUUCAAACUGCAUGAUCAGUUUAAGCUAUCAUCUCUAAAUUGGCGUACCAACAGGAAGCGAAAAUCCUAAACAAGGGAGGCCAAUCGAACGAGCAAAUUUCUGAGUGAGGCAAUCAUGGAUGUUUCAUGUUGGGAUGGAACCCUUUCGCUGAAUGAAUUUUCUCGUGCUGCUCGAACUUUUGCAGAGAAAUGGAAAAUAAGCAAUUCUGCUUUCCCUCCUUGGUUAUGGGUUAACGUGCCAAAACGACCUUUUGUUGCUUCUCAACAAGUUGAUGGAUUCUUGUCAUUGGAAAACAUAUGCCUUAUCAGGCCAAUGUUUUUUGCACAUGACAGUCGUGCUGAAGUUAGUCAUUUAGAGGAAGAAGAGACUGGUUUCUCUGAGAAAGAAGUUGCAAUUGAUGAUGCCACAUUGGUGCUUAGCAAUCAUCAUGAGAUGCAUUACUAUGACUUCCAUAUAGUCUACAGUGCUUCAUAUGGGGUUCCAGUGCUAUAUUUCCGUGGAUAUUACAGCGAUGGAUGCCCAUUGCAGUUGAAUGAAAUUGAAAAGGACCUUCCUGCUUGCUCUGCAAAGGUGUUGUUGGAAUCAAAGUGGACUUUUAUAACUCAGGAGGAGCAUCCAUACCUAAAUAGGCCAUGGUACAAGUUACAUCCAUGCGGGACCAGUGAAUGGAUGAAGUUGCUUUUCCUUGGUGAAGCUGCGUUGGCAGAAAAGAGAGUGGCAAUUGAACUGUAUCUGGUGUCCUGGUUCUCAGUCGUCGGUCAGGUUAUUGGUCUUAGGAUUCCAAUCGAAAUGAUGAAUGAUCGUACUAACUAGUUGAAACUUAACACAAAAUGUUUAAAGAAAUGAACUAGUGGUCAAGAAAGAGACCUAAUGUGAGAAGCAAGAUGCCUAGCAUGUGCAGUUUGUACAAUUUCAACAAUGCUUCUCAAGAAAUAUAACAAAGCUUUUCUUUA